UUAAAAUUGUAAACAAUACAACUUGUACCACCUAAGUUACAUAUGGUUUUUCUAAGAGAUUAGCAUUUGACAUCAUAAGGUUUAGAACAAUAAAUUAAUAUCAUAAGUGUUCUUAGUAUCGAGUACUUCAGUUAAAUGGAAAUAUGGCUGCAAAAAUAAAAGUAUCAAAGCGGAAAAAACAAGUGGUUGAAUUCACCGCUGAUAACAUAGAUAAUACAGCUCCUGUGAAAAAGAUCUUGGACGAAUUACAACAAAAGAAUACUCAGGCCUAUACGUAUUAUUGCCACAAUGUGAAACAGAGACAUACAACUCAGAAGGCUUUACAAAACUAUCAUUUUGUGGUGCCUGGUUAUCCAUUAAACAGUUUCGAUGAUGACUGGGAUGGAGAACUUAAUGUAGAUUAUUUCGAGGCAUUUCCAUAUAAAAGCUUACCUCCAAAAAUGAUAACGAAAAUAAAGAAUAUAGAAAAAACUGAUCCAGUUACUGAUCUUAUGAAAAAUAAAGUUGAAUGGCAGCGAGGGUGUCGCAAUCUUAAAUUAACAGCAACUUUCAGUAACAUGAUGCAAAAGUAUGAAAGUCUGAACGAUGAAGUUGUGCAAUGUCCUAAGCACAUUGUAGAAAUGGCCGCUCAUCUGGAUAGUGAUCCGGAUCCUAAUUUUAACUGUUCAUAUAAUUGGUAUUAUGCUGGAAAUGGGAACCUGCAAAUUGUCUGUAUUGACUGGGUAGACUAUUUGCUGCACAGUGAACUCUCUUCAGUUUAUUUAUCAGAGUUUAACAAAAACGAGCUGCUUAUUAAACCUGAGUAUGUUGCUUCUUUUGAUUGUGGUGAAGACAACCUAAUAUAUGAAACAAUUUGUUCUCAAAAUAUUAUUGCACUUAGAACCAAGUAUAAGAUCAUUAUACUAAAAAUAAUUUCAGAGGAUUUUCAAAUAAGAAUCGAAAAAGUGAAAUGUUCUGACUCAGACUUACCAUAUUCUAGCAUUACUUUUGAUGAUCAUCACAAAAACAUACUGUAUGCUACAACUUUAGAUAAUAGAUUGAAAAUUAUCAAUCUCGACAGAUUAAAGGCAAGAAGCGUCAAAUUAAAAUGUAAAAGCACAUCGUUAGUUGAUAAUUGGAAUACUGUAAUAGGCACUGGUAGAGGCUUCUACACUCAUGCAAGAAAGAAUUCUAUUUCAAUUUAUGACAAACGAUCCAAUGAUCAAGUCUAUUUUUGGAAAGAUGUACGAAGCAUAACAGAUGAGAUUGCAUGUAAUGACAUUUGUUUAGCAAGACAUUUUGAAGGUACUUCCUCAUUGUAUUUUGCUACAGAUCACCAUCUCUUCUUAAUGGACAUAAGAUUCUAUCAAUCUUCUAAACCAAAAGUUGUACAAAGAUGGACCCAUGGCAUGGAGAGUGUUCCAACAUAUUUAUCUUAUUGCAACUUCGAAAUGAAUAAAGACAUUCUGUGUCUUGGUAGUCAAUGGUGUGAGGAUAUGUGCUUAAUACCUAAUUAUAAUGAUAGAUUAAUUAAGGAAACUUAUUCCGGAGGUGUUACCAUACCUUAUCGUCCACCUAGCAUAUUAACUACCCUUAAAAAUGCUAAACAAAAAAUGUUAUGUCAUGAUUUCUAUAAUCCUAUAGAUGCUAGGCUAUGUACUGCUAUCACCGGGGUAAUAGUAAUGGAACAAGGUGAAAAAUACGAUAUCCUUAUGCAGAACUCAUUAGGAGACAUAUCUUGUCACACAUUAUUUCCAGAACAUAUGGAAUUAUUUAUCGAUGAUGAUAGUGCUCAAAGCUUACAUAACUGGAGUGAGCCCUUUAAGCUAGAGAAUAAAGAACUCGAAGUAUCAUCUAUCGAAAAUAUUGCAAAUGUAUGGAAACAAUUAAAAAUAUCUGAUGUUUUAGAAGUGGAAGGUAUUAGACCUUCCAUAGCAAAAAAGAGAUUCAAUGAGGAGGAUAUAAAAGAUGUUUUUGAUAAUGAAGAAGUUGAUAGUGGUCUUCAGGAGGCCUGGGUAAAGUGUCCAAAUGAGACUGUUGUUGAUGAGUCCUCUAUGGCUCUAAAAUUAUAUUUUUCUGAGGAAGAAGAAACUAUUGACUAAAUUACUUUUACUUUUAAAAGCUUAUUUAUUGUUAGGUGUUUGCUUUAGUAGCAAAUGAUAGACCUUAAUUUUUAU